AUGACAGACCCCAUCAAGACCAAUAAACCGAAGUCUUCAAUGAAGAUCGAGAAUGCUCCGACCCCACAUAACACCCCUGCUAAUAAUUUCGAUUUCUUAAAGAAUGGAAACCCAAUGAAGAAAUCAGGAAGUGGCAAUGCUUCGGCGAAGCAAGGUGCUGCACAGAGUGUCAAUGAGGAAGACAUCAAGAGCGCGUUAUCUGCAAACCAGCCGCUCUUGUUGCAAUCGAUUCAAGAGAAACUGGGUUCUUUAGUCGGUGCAGACAGCGGGUAUUUAGAAUCCUUGCCAAAGAACGUCAAGGACAGAAUCUUCGCUUUGAAAUCCAUCCAGGAGGAUUUGUUCCAACUAGAAAAGGACUUCCAGAUCGAACUGUUUGAUUUGGAGAAGAAAUUCAUUGCUAAGUACAAGCCGUUGCACGACAGCAGAGCGAGUAUCAUCAAUGGCGAGUCCAAGCCCACUGAUGAGCAGAUCGAAAAGGGUAAGGAGUUAGCAGCGCCAGAAGAAGAGGAAGAAGCAGAAGAAGAAGAGGACGAGAGUCUAGUGGGCAUCCCAUCGUUCUGGUUGACAGCAUUAGAAAACCUGCCAAUUGUCGCAGACACCAUCACAGACAGAGAUGCCGAGGUACUAGAUUUCUUGACAAACGUUCGACUGGAGUAUUUGGACAAUGGCAAGCCGGGCUUCAAGUUGAUCUUCGACUUCAAUGCUGAAGAAAAUCCGUUCUUCACAAACUCAUCGAUCACAAAAACUUACUAUUACCAAUCAGAGCUGGGCUACUCCGGUGAUUUCAUCUACGACCAUGCCGACGGUGAGGAGAUCGACUGGGUAGACAACGAGUCGAACGUCACGGUACAAAUAGAGAAGAGAAAGCAAAGAAACAAAACUACAAAGCAGGUGCGCACCAUCGAGAAGAUCACCCCAAUCGAAUCGUUUUUCAACUUCUUCGAUCCUCCAAGAAUGAAGGAACACAUACACAACCACGGCAAAGGUGAAGAAUGCGAUGACGAGGAAGACGAGGAGGAAUUGGCAGAUCUAGAAGAAAGACUGGCCCUGGACUACUCCAUCGGUGAGCAGAUCAAGGACAAACUGAUCCCAAGAGCAGUGGACUGGUUCACAGGUUCGGCAUUGGAAUUCGAAUACGAUAACGAAGAGAUGGGAGACGAAGACGACAAUGAAGAAGACUACGACGAAGAUUUCGACGAAGACGAUUUCGACGAAGAAGAGGAAGAUGACUUUGCAAACACAAAGAAAGAACAACCACCGGAAUGCAAACAAUCAUAA